UCGUUGGUGGGUACACGGAAGUAUCUUCGCUUUGUUGUAUACACGAGACAUCUUCCCAUGCGAAUGGAAAUCAAUCAAAUCACAGCGGUCCAAAUCCCUCGUCGCAUCGAAGUCUCGCCUCCGGUUGCAAUUGCGACCGCAUCGUCUACGAAGAAGAGGAAGCCGCAGCCGCACGAAGAAGAAUCCAUCGCCACGACCGGGAAGCAGACGCCCGGCGACCAGAUUUAUGAGAUUUUCCAAGGAAAGAAGGCUAAGAAGAGCAUGACUAUCGCCGCCGGCCGAGAAGAAGAAAAACCACAGAAGACAGGAAAGAAUCAGGCUCAGGGAACAGGGGAGGGUGGUAGCGGUAAGAACAUGAAAGAUAAGAGGAAGAAGAGGAAGGAAGUGGCUUUGGACGAGGGGCCCGAGUCCUAGGCGGAGACGGCGGACCGCGGACGGGCUCACCGUCUACUCCGCCGCGGAGCUCGGUUGGGGGAACCCGGACGCGGGCGGCACGCCUCUUUGCCCCGUCUACUGUUCCUGCUGCUUCUGAUGGUUUGAAGAUCUCAAAGGAUGCUCAGUGGAUGAUCUGUCCAAUCAAAAGAUGGCAUAUCAAAUUGCACUGAUAUUUCCUCUGAAAAAUGAGAAACAAAAGGAAGUUAAUUGCCCAGUCGAGCUUCUCAGAUGCUGCAAUGUCUUGUUUUCACAUGAACAGAGAUGCACCAAGAGUAAAGGCAUUGUACCAAGAGCAGUCUUGGUUGAAGACACUGAUCUCAGACACCCUAGUGGGAAGAAAGGCUCUUGCAUGACAUGAGCCUUGGGGGUGGAGGAAUAAACAAUGCUCCUCGGUGUGGCCUCAGAUCUAGCAAAAGGAGAAAAGAAAACUAAUCAGUUCAUGUGAUGCAGCUUUGAGCAGGUCGCCUGUGGUACAAAGAGAAUCCCUUCAUGAGAAAGGCAAAGCUAAAGCAGCAACCUCAGAACAACAUGGAUUCUGGAGAGUGGAAGAGCUUCAUGGCUUUGUCCGGAUCAAGACCUGAGCGUGGAAGAUGGAGGUGCUCUCGACCCAAGUUUUAACCUACCGAGACAUCAACGCGGUUACCAGCUAGGUCUGUUGUUGGAUUGUUGCACUGCAUCACAACUUUCGACAUUGGCUGGCCCAGCUGGGCUCCACACCCUGACAGAAUCCUAUGCCCCAGUGUGAAAUCUGUAAGCUGGUUUCUGCCUCCCUCACUCUCCUUCCUUUCUUUAUUCUUGUCUUUGGUGAAUGAUGGUGUUUCAUUGAUGCAUGGGUGUGAGGACUGUGUUGUGCAGAGUUGGAAAGAGAUCGGGACCUACAGUUGGAAAGAGCCCCUUCAUCGACUGCUUUCUUCUGGGGGUUGGGUGUGGUUUAAUGACAGGGAAGGAGAGGUGGGCUACUUCUUCCAAAGCAUGCAGGGCUCUCUCUCUCUCUUCUUCUUCUUGCCAUCUCUUUCUUUCAGAAUAAGCUGCUGAAGUACAAUUUUUUUUUGACAGCACCCAGUUCCUUUGGGAUCAAAGACUUGUUUUCCAAGGUAAAGGGUUGGUCAAAACCCAUUGAUGCACUCACUGCAUUUAAUUCUUGAUUAGAAUACCAUGCAUUGAAAACAAUCAAGGAAACAGUUUUAGAUUCUUCAUUCGUAGAAACCUCAUGCGCAUUAUAUUUUUCCUCUUUGACAUGUUACUAACAAAUCCUCUCUUGCUAAGGCCACAAGUGUUGCACAAUAUCAGGUGUCUUUUGCUGCUGUCUGACUUGUGUUAUUGAAACAGUGGGAUUAAUUGUUCUUCCGGUCAAAACCAUUGGUAGCUGUGACCGCAAGGAUGAGCUCCUCAAAUUUCGUGCUCAGUGGAUCAUGAAUGCCAGCUUCCCAUGCAUGAUGGCCUUUUCUAUUCACCUUUUCUGACCUUUUGUAGGGUGAGUGAGACCCUCUACCCUUUUGCCGUAUAAAGAGGGUGGUGAGGAAGACGACUGAAGGAAGUCGCAACCUUUCUCCAUCGUUCAUCCAUGGGGAAGAGCAGCAGAGUCCUUCGCCCUCCAAACUCCUCCAUCGAUCCACUCCUUAGGUGCUCCUCUUCCUCCUCCUCGCCCUGUCAAAGUAUGGGGAGCAGUGGGAAGAGGCCGUACAAGGGGGUGAGGAGGAGAAGCUGGGGCUCCUGGGUCUCCGAGAUCAGAGCGCCGCAUCAGAAGACGAGGAUAUGGCUGGGAUCCUACUCCACGCCCGAGGCAGCUGCCAGGGCCUACGACGCCGCCCUCCUCUGCCUCAAGGGCUCCUCCGCCUCCUUCAACUUCCCCGCCUCCCUCCCCAGCCACCUUCCGGCCAGUGCCAUGUCUCCCAAGUCCAUCCAAAGAGUCGCCGCCGCCGCUGCCGCCGUCGUCGUCACCUCCCCUACGGCUAGCACGACCACCAGCCGGUCACCGUCUCCUCCCGCUCCUCCUUCUCCGUCGCUGGACGCCACCAACGAGGACCACCAGUCCACGAUGACGAGCUCGGCCACUUCGACGAGGAGCGGAGAGAUAGAUGAGCCGUGGAUCGAUCUCGGAGCCUUCCAGUCGCCACGGUGCAUGGAUCAUAUGAUCAACCCACUGAUCUCCUCUUGGCAGGAGUGCGAGGAGAUGGGAGACAUAAACCUAUGGAGCUUCUUCUAGAAGAUUGAGAUAGGUUCAUUGCUUGUCUCAUCCACUGCAGCUGAGAUCAGGGGAAGCUGAGACUCGAGUACGAGCAGCGUGGAGAUAAAUGCAUACGAUUGCGUUCCAGUCACAGUAAUGUUGUAAGGUAAUAAAUAAACGGAGUAUUAGAGUUAUGUACUCAGCAUAUGGAAAUUUUUCUGAUGAGACAUUUAAUUGAACAAUAACAGAGUUUGGAGGAAUUCUUUA